AUGAAUAUUUAUAGUUCUGUUAUCGGGUCGCUGCGAGAUCGCAAGACCAGGCCGCUGUGCUUAACCUCAACCUCCCUCGAGUAUGCCGCCAGCGGCAAGGCAGACUCAGCGCCGCUUACGCUGAGCCUCGCGGAUGUUGUCGGAGCCAAGGCCGGACCCGCUCCUCCCUCGGGUGGAGGAGGAGCGAGGGGUGGUAUCAACAGGGGCGGGGGUAUCGUGCACCAGUUGCAGGUCUUCGCGUACGUCGAGAGCGGCGAGGGCAAGGAGACGGGAUGCACUGGCAGGGGCGGGCCAUGUCGAAAAAAUAAACGAAGAGCCGCCCAUCAGACGUGGCUGGCGUCCGAUCCUGACACAGCUCAGCACUGGGCCACGGAGAUCAACAAACGGCUCAGGCAGAGCCAAGGGCGGGAGGAAGGUCUGGAGGGAGGGAAGAGGGGGCCAGGUCGACGACUGCUGGUCUUGGUCAACCCGGUUAGUGGGACGGGUGAAUCGCGGUCUACAUGGGAGAAGACCCUCAGGCCGAUGCUAGAGCAAGCCAUGACUACCGUCACCGUAGUGUUCUCUACACGGCGGGGCGAGCUAGCGGAAAUCAUCACGAACGCUGGCGAAAACAGCAGCACCGAUGGAGCGAGGGGCGCAUCAGCCGGGCGGGGAGGUGGCCGGUCGAUCGUGGGAAGCUUGGGCGACUUGGACGGUAUCGUGGUCGUUGGAGGGGAUGGCACCUUCUUCGAGGUCCUUCAGGGCAUGUACGCCCGGCCGGACUGUGCGCGGCAGCUGUCGAGGCUAUCCCUAGGCAUCGUGCCCACGGGAUCAGGAAACGGCUUGGCCAAGACGGUGAGUGUGGAGUCCGGAGAAUGGUUCGGCGCGGUUAGCGCGUCCUUUCUCGCUGCAAAGGGCCAGACGAAGGCGAUGGACCUGCUGCUCACCGAGUCGGGAGACAAAAAGUACCUGGCAUUCCUCAACGUCGGGUGGGGCAUGAUCAGGUGAGAAACUCUUUUGCCAGACGGGAUACGCCAGAUCAAAACGAAACCUCCAAGGGCAGCAGACUUUUUAACCUCUACCUCUCCGACACGCCCUUAGUGCGCAUGCAGUAGAGAAGAGUGUCCCUUACGCCUGUCGUUUGAUCCCCAAGGCACGCGUAUUCACUCCGUGUGUCCCCAUGUGCCAUGUGGAUUCACUUAUCUCAUUCAUGGGAGAUGCGUCCACUCAUCCCGCUUUCACGGCCUUACACGAAGCUUGCUUGGGAUUGUUCCGCAAACCACAAGUAAGUCAGCUUCCAUGUGGCAGCGUGUAAUCUUCAUCUUUCUGUCAGUCGUCCCUCCCAUCCUCGCUUCCGGUGCGGUGCCGUCGAAUCCCCUUGCUUCCCCCACCCCGUUGUCUACACCAGCCGUACCGUUGGCGCGUGCAGAUAAUUAACAUCUGGAGGGCGAGCAAACCUUCUCUAGGGGGCGUGUCUCAGCAACGACGGCCGCAUGCUUUCGCAAUGCCCCAGCCGGUCCGAAGCGUGUGCGAAGGAAGCGCAAUCGGAGGGUCCGAUACGGUGCUCAGGUCGCAUUUUUCACUUCACCUUUUCCAUACGGUACCAAGAAAGAUAGCACAUCCAUAAAGGUUACGCCACCCCCCAAGGAAUACCACACCCGGUGAUCAUGUUCUCGCGGCUGCACAUGAGAGCGAAACAUAAGAGCGCCCAUGCACUCAGCAUGUUGUUUUUUUAAGGACACGCCGCUACUGUGCGUGAGUCAGGUUGACGCAUUUCUAGAUCUCUGUUGCCACGUAUCCCCUCAUUCCCAACCCCCUACAUGCCGAUAUGCCUCCUCCUUCUCAGCGAUGUCGACAUCGAGUCGGAGGCUUACCGCUGGAUGGGGUCUCUUCGAUUCACCGUCGGUACUAUCGUGCGCAUUGUCAACCUCAAGCACUACAGGGGACGGAUAAGCUUUCUCCUUGACCUGGAUGCCGCUGCCUCCACAACCCCUCCUCCUUCGGACGCCUCAGCAUCGGCCCCGUUCCGCAUGCCACCGUUGUCGGAGCCCGUACACCAAGACGGCGCUGGUUCUGAGUCCGCCGCUGCGGGAGCUCCCGCCCUCGAGGGCUGGACCAGCGUAGAGGGGGAGUUCAUCCUCGCUGACAUGACACAGACCUCACAUAUCGCGCACGACAUGCCCAUGGCUCCCCACUCUCGCCUUGGCGACGGCCUGAUUGACCUAUUCUUCAUCAAGAAGGGGGCCAGCAGAUUCGCCAUGAUACAGAUGUUUCUAGCAAUGGAAAAAGGCGGGCACAUCUCGCCUCGCUUUCCGUGCAUCUCGUGGCACCGCGUUCGGGCGUUCCGAAUUGAGCCGCUAACGACAAGCGGGAGGCUCACGGUCGACGGAGAGCUCGUGGACUACGCACCGUUGCAACAGCACGUAUGGCGCAAGGCCGCGCAUGUUUAUUGCUCGCCAGAUGAUGACGCGGAGAGACUACCAGCGUGUUUAGGACCGUAGCCAAGGGCGCCUUGCUCUGAGGUCGGUCUGAACGAACACCCUAUAUAUGUGGUGGCGUCGAAGUAGGCCAUGCCGGAGGAAGCUGUUUCGGUCUACAAAGUGCGUCGCCCUGAGUAACAACACGCUGCAUUGCUAUUGCCAGUUGUACACAGGUAAUUAUUGUCGCUCACUAUGUGUAGUCUCGGUCUGAAGAACAAACUGCGUUCAUCGCGCGAGUACUACACACAAGGCAUUAUCUAUAUAAUAAAAUUGUCUUCAACAAAGCGCUAUAAUAGCGCUGUAGGGGAACUAAGCACGUUGUCAGGCGUGCAAAGCUCGUCUUGUCACCCACACGCACUUGCACGUUUGGUGUCGUGCGCCAUACACACAAGAUGCAUUCGAUUUCAAUUUUUUGAGUUUUCAUUCGAUUCUGCAAGUCGCAAGACAAACAUGCGCCGCAUUUCGUUGUGUUCUUCAUCGCUGUGAGAGUCAAGACCACCCACCGUCCGCACGUUCACUUUAUCGAAUUUUCGUUGUUGUCAUUAAGUAGGUACUGAUUUUUCGGCGGGUGUGGUUUGGUUAAGGAGUGUUGCAGUUGGGUUAGAUUUGGGUGUACCUGAUAGACGUUACGGUGUGGGUUGGCUUCUGUACGCGUGUGAGGGUUUCCGUGUUUUUUAUAAGCCUGCGUUGUCUCAAUAUUGGUGUGGGGGGUAGGUUCGAGAUAUUUCCACAUGCUUUCCUUCUCUGGACUGACUGUUGUAAGAAAUUUUCUUCAACGUAUGCUCGUACGACAGUUUUCUCGGAUUCGAGCAUGGAAUAAUAAACGAUCUUCGGGUUGGGCUGGUGUUUCUGAGUGUUGUUGCACUUGGCAUUGUAAGGGUGUAUCUAAGGAUGUGGGAUGUUAUGCAUGUGGUUUCGUAGCCGUUCGUGGGAGAAUGGUUGCACAUCCAAUCCGUGUCUUGUCUCGGGGAACAGAGCGUACAAAGUGUUGGGUGACCCCCGAAUACUAAUUACUGUAGAAGAGGUUUGUAUGCCAAGCUCUUGUGUUGGGCCAUGGGCUCCUGCCGGUUUUUCUUCCGAACGGGCAGGGUACACGAGAAGGGACGUCCGGAGCAGCAACACAAAAACGUCUGAGUAUCGAUCUCCGGCUUGGUCAAGGUUUUUGUUUUGCUGUUGCGGGGUACUGCUGUACAUGCAGGCUAACUUCAGAAGUCUUCGGUGGAAACGGUUGUUGGUUGGACCGCGCGGGUCGCUCUUCGCGCCAGCUGGAGGAGAGAUGAAGUAUACGCCACAACACUACCACAUAGUCUAGUCUGUACACAAGUGGACCAAAUAGUCUGUACGCACGUUCUAAUCGGGACCGAAACGCAUGCAGUAAUAAUUCCAGUUACGCCGGGAUGUGCGUAUAUUGCGUGUUUUGUUGUUGUUGUCUUAUCUCCGUCUCCGUACCCACAAGGAACUCUGCAGUAGACUGCUGUACGCCACGUGAAUAAGUUCAAAAUGAUGUACCCGUCUCGAAGACUUUGUAACAGAUUUGGGAUUUCUUGUGGCCUAAAUGAAGUGCAGCCAGUCGCACUACAGCAGUACAUGUACUGCUGUACCAUGCAUACUACCGCUGCUGCACGCGCCUCAAAGAUCUAAAGGAUCGAUGAAAGCAACGGUGCAUGAGACCAACCAUGCUGUCAAACUGAAGCAAACCAGUAAACCACCGUGAAACCGUUAGUUGCGGUGAAAUGUCCGCCGUUUCGGCGAGCAGAUGGCCAAACUUCAAACUCAACAACUCACACGGUCUCACGGUUCACCAUCGAACGUACGCAAGACGCGCCCUCCCCACCGGAUCCCUAAGUCUCUACAGCAGUGCGCCAUACCUGUCCCCGUAAACCCGUUCCUUCAGCUGCCGAUUUUCGAAGUCGUGACGGCUGCCUUUUUCGAGGACAUCAGAUCAUCGUCUCCUCACCCGUUCCUUCUACGUUCUCUGGGGGGGUAUUAAGCUAUGCUUGUGUUCAAGAGCGCCGGGUUUCUUGCAGCCGUCCUCAUCGCGAUUGCGGGCGUGACGAACAGCGAGGCAAUCGUGAAGGAGGAUGCGUUCAAGGAAUGCCAAACACACUGCGGCAGCGAGCACGUGGGGGAACAGGGAAGAGCGGAGCUGCUCUGUGUCGACCUUUGCCGCCUCUGGAACCCAGCAGCGCUUGACAAACCACAAGAACGGUCAUGAAGUGCAUGCGAAACAAAUAUUGCGAGGACGGAGAAAGCUGGAUGCUUGAUUGAUUGGCCGCAACAUCCAUGAAGCAGAGCUCGAAGCAAAAGAAACAGGGCCUAAAGGUGGCGGUCAAGACCGCACGAAAGUCAGCAAAUCGGCGAAAUCACUGCCCGCAGACGACGGGCGACGAUGACGAAGAAGCUACCAUGUACAUUACUACUUAAUUACCGGUUUGGACAACAAGUUGGUUUGAAGAAAAAAAAAAAUGACCCAUCCGUCAUCAUCAGUGGCCUGGGGAACACCUUUUGGUUUGUAUGUAUGACCCAGGUUGCACGUGAGGUGGGGAGUGAACGCGAAGAAAGUGAGAGGAGGGAUCCCGGCAGGGCUCUCCUUAUAGUUUGUGUGGUUUGCUGCUUUCUUGAAGGGAGAUCGGAUGUAGUAGUCUACACGUGUUGGGUUCGUACCCGUUUGCCGCUGGCGUUUAUUCAAUUAUCAGCCGCGAGCGUGGGCAACGAUGCUGGUAGAAAACGUGAGUUAGUUGUCGUGCCCCAGGGGUAGACUAGUGGAUUUGGAAACUGUGCGGGUAUCUCCGGAGAUGGGGUGUCACACAAAGAGGUCUGUCUGUGAAGGUCGGUUGUUGGGUUGAGUGGUACUGCUGGCAGUAGUGAGGCGUACACGCCACACCGUUGGCUACCUGGUAUAAUGUCGUUGGCUACCUGGUAUAAUGUUCGCGUAAUCUGUGCACAUUGUUUUGUAUGAAGAUUACACGAUCAUGGUUGUUUGCUUGUCGGGCGUUUUCGAGUAUCACGAGCAGAAGCCAACGUUUCUUCCUUUUCUUUUUUUUGUUCGCCGUGUGCGCCGGAAGGUCCGAUUGUAUGUAUGCAUUGGAGGUGUAUUUAGACGAGUGUGAGGCGUGCGCUGGCAUUGAUUGCAAGAGGGAGGGUCAAAUGUCAUUCAUGCAUGUAUUUAGUCUAAGAGUUUGUUUGCUGGUGGGCCCGCGACGCUGACAAGCUGUAUGAAGUGCAGUUAUUUCCAACCACCUUGCAGUUUUCCCUUGGCUUGUGUGUAGAAUAGUGACUGACUUGAAUGUAGGCCUUUGGCGUAGAUUGAAACCAAGGACGCCAGAUUGAAUCCAAGGACCGUCCUCAGGAUUGGAACCCACGCCCUUAGGUUGAAACCAAUGACCAUCUUCACGAUUGGAAUCGAGGGCACCAGAUU